AUGCAUUGGUACAUGGCAGGAUUCACACUCACAACUUCUACAAACAGACUGAGAGUUCGAGACGAGAGAAUAAUCGGUGGCCAUGAAGCCAAGCCCAAUAGCCACCCUUACAUCGUGUCUCUACAAUUGAGGUUCUUCUGGGUCCGUGCUCAUAUUUGUGGUGGCUCCAUUUUAACUGAAAACUGGAUUCUGACAGCAGGGCAUUGUAUCACAGAAUCAUGGAUAAUUCGGUGGUUACCGAUGGACGCCAUAGCAGGAGCGCAUAACGUAGACAAGUUCGGACCUAAAGCACAAAUCGUUGAAUGCUACGAAGCUUUUGACAAACUGGCUGAAGAUGAAGAAAUACCGUUGAAUAAAGACUCCAACAUGUGUACUGGACCCAUUACUGGUGGAGUAGCUGCUUGUAGUGGGGACUCAGGUGGACCAUUAGUUUAUUAUUUCAACACAAAAUACGCUACUGCUCGUGGUAGAGCUCUCAGCCAUGACUUAUCACAACCUAAAGUAAGGCAUAUCCGUCAAUCUGAUGAUACUACAACGACUGAAGACCCAGAUGAAACGUCUACUACAGAGGAUGAUAGUACAACUACUGAAGAUCCUGAAGAGACCUCAACUAUGGAGGAGGAGACCAUGAGUACUUCGGAAGAAUCAGAGUCUGAGAGCACGACUGAGGAUGCAUCGACAACAGAAGACGAAACAAUGGCUGCGGAAGAAUCAGAAGAGACUACCACAGAGGAAGAAACGACAACAACUGAGGAAACUUCCACCAUGGAUGAAUGCAGGUCUGCCAAAUGUAUGAGUGCUGAAGAUACAGAUGAAGCUACUACUGAAGAUCAAACAACGACUACAGAUGAACCAGAAGAGACCACCACAGAGGAAGAAACGACAACGACUGAGGAACCAGGUGAGAUGUCAACUAUGGAAGAAUGUAGGUCUGCAAAAUGCUUGAGUUCUGAAGAUACAGAUGAAACUACUACUGAAGAUCAAACAACGACUACGGAUGAAUCAGAAGAGACCACCACAGAGGAAGAAACGACAACGACUGAGGAACCAGGUGAGAUGUCAACUAUGGAAGAAUGUAGGUCUGCAAAAUGCUUGAGUUCUGAAGAUACAGAUGAAACUACUACCGAAGAAGCAGAAGAGACUACUACCGAGGAAGAAACAAAUACUACAGAAGAAUCAGAAGAAACUACUACAGAAAAAGAAACUACAACUACUGAAGAACCAGAUGAGACCUCCACUUUGGAAGAAUGUAGAUCAGGAAAAUGCAUGAUGCCUGAGGAAGUAGAAGAGACAACGACCCAAAAUCAAGAAGAAACUACUACAGAGGAAGAGACCAUUGCUACAGAAGAAGAACUAUCUGAGACAGAAAGUACAACAACCGAAGAUCCAGAAGAGACUACUACCGAAGAAGAUACAGCAACUACUGAAGCACCAGAAGAAACCACGUCUACAACUGAAUUUCCCACAACAGAUGCAGAUUCUAGCGAAGAGUAUUAUUCCUAUGAAUAUCAAGAUCUACUCGACUACAUUUAUGAUAUAUUUUUUGGAAGCGAUGAGGAGAGUGACGAAGAUAGUGAAGAUGAUGAUGAUGACGAUGACGAAACGUUACGAAGACAGCCUAAGCUCGUUCAAUCAGUUGAAAGAAACGAAGCUAUCCCUAUGAUUCUUGGUGUAGUUUCUUGGGGUGUAUCACCAUGUGGUGAAAAGGGUGCCCCAACCGUAUACACGAAAGUAUCAUCUCAUAUCGACUUUAUUAAUCAACACAUCUACUAG